ACUAAAUUUUAAAAAAUGCAACUUAAUUCCUCGUGUUCAAAUUUGAAUCAAGGUCAUUAAACGCCACCCAUACAUUUUGUUGAGUUUAGAAUAUUAACCAAAAAUUUCCAUGCCAGGCUAUCUAUAUGCCAAUUCGUGUUUAACCAAAUAACCAUCAUACAAUAUAAAUCAUCAGCUUCUUUAGCCAAUAAUUAAACUUUUAAUUCUAAAACCAUUUGACUAUUCAAGAUCAUUAUGGGUGUUACAACUUUUAACCAAGAGUUUCAAUCCCCUAUAGCACCAAUUCGUUUGUUCAAAGCUUUAAUUGUGGAUUCAAAAUCUCUUAUACCAAAACUAUUGCCUCAAUUUGUUGAGAGUGUUGGUUUGUUACAAGGAGAUGGUGGAGCUGGAAGUAUUGAACAAGUGAACUUCACAAAAGGUAGUCCAUUUGAGUUUGUGAAGCAUAGAAUAGAUGAACUAGACAAAGAAAACAUGGUGUGCAAAUACACAAUGAUUGAAGGGGAUGCAUUGGGAGAAAAGCUGGACUCUAUUUCUUAUGAGGUUAAAUUUGAAGAGUCCAAUCAAGGCUGCAUUUGCAAGAUGACAACUAAUUAUCAUGGAAUUGGUGAAUUUGUUGUCAAAGAAGAAGAUAUUAAAGCUGGCAAAGAUAGUGCUAUUGGCAUAUAUAAAACAAAAAAUUAA